AUGUACUUCCCAACCCCAGGCCGCCUGCUCCUUCUCAGCAGCCUCUCCCACACCUUAGUCCACUGCCAAACGGACGCCUCCGCCGCCGAGGCACAAGCAGCAGCAGCAGCAGCAGCACCACACCCCCACAUGACGGGCACUACGCCGGCAAACCUCCGCGAGUUCGACCCGAUCGCGCACCCCUUCCGGAUCGGCAUCCCCUCCAACGCGAAGCCGCACGCAAGUCGCACACACACACGGUCGCGGUCGCACCCACAGUCACAGCCACAGUCACAGCCACAGUCGCAGUCGGAGUCGGACCCCGUGCAGACGUCGUACGAGACGAGCACCGACGUCGACCCCUCGACCUGGAGCCACAUCUCGGACGUGACGUACGGCGGGCUGACGGGACCGCCGUCGCCGCCGCCGCCGCCGAGCGCGGCCGCCGCGCUGUUGGAGGGAAACGUCGGUGAUGGCGCGGUUGCGACGAGCCCCGCGGCGGUGGAGCCGGAGCCGGUGCAGACCACGACGAUGGCGUCGUACGAGACGAGCACGGAUGUGGAUCCGGCGACGUGGUCGCAUGUGGCGGAUGCGACGUAUGGGGGCUUGGGGGCGCCGCCGGCGGCGAAGGAUAAGAGGCAGGCGAGCAGCAGCGGUAGCGGUAGUGGUGGUGGUAGUAGUACUGCUACUCGCUCGUUCUCGUCGUCUGGGCGUGGGGAGACGACGAUUAAUAUUACGCUGGGGAAGGGCAAGACGUCGACGACGACGGCGACGAAGUCGGCGACGGGGACGGCGGCGAGCGCGUCGGCGAGUGUGAAGAGUGGCGCGGAGAGGCGGUUGAGGGUGCCAUGGAUCUUUGCAGUGUUGGGUCUGUUUUGA